AUGCAGGCCCCACCCACCGCGCGAGGGCGCCCUCGGGCGGUGGGCGGGGCCCGAAGUGGGGAGGGCGCCCUCGUGCGGUGGGCGGGGCCCGCAGACCGUAGGGCGCCCUCGCGCGGUGGGUGGGGCCUGCGCAGGGGGAAGGGCCACCUCGGGCGGCCCCACCACGCGAGGGCGCCCUCCCCUCUGCGGGCCCCGCCCACCGCACGAGGGGACGCUCAGCCCCGGCGCGCGCCCCCUGGCGGAGCCACGGGAGCCUCGCCGGUCGCCCCGCGCAGGCGCACUCCCUCCCUCCCUCCCUCCCUCCCGCCCCGCCUGAUGGAGGCGGCGCGGAAGGCCCACGAGGCGGCCGUGCGGCUGGUGCUGGCGGCCCGGGCCCGGGUCUGGGCCAGGGCCCGGGACCCCUCGGCCGGCGGGCUCCGGUCCCGGUCCCGGUCGAAGCCCCGGGCCUCCGAGGUGCUGACGCAGCACCUGGUGCAGCGGGGCCUGCCCCCAUGGACCUCCUUUUGCGUCCCCUACAGCGCCGUGCGCAACGACCAAUUCGGCCUGUCCCACUUCAACUGGGCCGUGCCGGGCGCCAACUACCACGUCCUCAGGACCGGCUGCUUCCCCUUCAUCAAGUACCACUGCUCCAAGGCCCCCUGGCAGGACCUGCGCCUCCACAACCGCUGCUUCACCGCCCUCAAGGUCAUUAACUUGGGAAUUCCAACUUUCUUAUACGGACUUGGCUCCUGGUUAUUUGCCAGGGUCACGGAGACAGUUCACACUCGUUAUGGGCCAAUAACGGUGUAUUUUCUAAAUAAAGAAGAUGAAGGGGCCAGAUAUUGAAAUUAGACAUUGAAGAGCAUACCGACUGGUGGGUUUUUCAUGUUCGUAUAUGUAUGUAAUUUAUUUUGGAUGAUUUAAAAUAUAACUUAUUUGAAACACUU